ACAGGUCGCGCCUUCCAAACCGAACCGCUCAGUUGUGCAGCAGACGCAAACCAGUUCGGACGCGCUUUUCCCGCGCUUAAACUACGCAUAAGCUUUAAAAUCUAGCAAACCAAACUACGUGAGAAAAAUCCGGCUAUUGUAUGAUAGACUCAGAAUCAACGUACCAAAACGUAUAAAGCUUCGAUUUAAAUCGUACGCUCGAGGUCAGCGUGUUAAGCAAUUAAAGCUCCACUGAGACUGGACGGGCGGGGAUUUGUAGCAGCGUUCGAACUCGAAGGGUGGUGGUUUCAUCAAAGAGUUCAAGUGCUUUGUGGAUGUUUUGAAUUUUUGUGCGAAAAGAAAAAUUCGAAAAUAAUUUACUUCCAAACUGCAGCUCCGAGCGAGCAAGUAACCGUCGUCGUCGAGAAGGUACUUGUGUGAAGAAGCGAGCAACCAAAUAUCGAAGAAAUACGCGCAAAUUGCUUGCGAGUAAACAAAAGCUUUACUAGUUCCAGUGCCUGUUUUGUGUGUGUUAUUCAACGUGUAAAUAAUUGUCCCAAAAUCGUAACGCGAUGUCUAAAUACGGAGCCCUUAUUCUGGUGUCGGUUUACCUGUUUGCCGUAACAUUCCAAGAAGCCAGUGCGCUGAAAUGCUGGCGAUGCUCGUCCGAUGCCUCGACGGCGGCCUUCUGCGACGAUCCGUUCAGCCAGGAUAUCAUCACGGAGGCGCAGCGUCGCUGGAGUUACGUUGAUUGCAGCUACCCACCGGGAACCGGUUCAUAUCCAUUCAACCAGCAGGUGGCGCAAACUCGGUCCGUCUGCAAGAAGAUGAAGCAGUACAUUAACGACCGCGUGGUGAUUUCCCGUUCGUGCGCCUGGGAAGAUGUGAAUGCUGCACCGAACAGCUGCAUCAACGCGCAAACACCGUCCUACAUCAAGACCGAGUUCUGCGAGACCUGUACGACCGAUGGCUGCAACGGUGCGGCUCAGUACGGCCCUGCCAUGGUGAUGGUUCUUCUGACGGCCCUGGUAGCCAAACUGCUCGCAUGGUAAUUUGCAAACUACCCGUCGAUCGUACCGUCCUUCCCCCCUCUACCGAUUAGCUUUAAAAAUAUUAACAAAUAAGUAUAAAAAAUAACUGGAUCGGGAAACCCGCUUUUUGCAGAAAAUCGCGCUGUAAUCACGUACGAUAACCAUCGUUGCCUUAAUCGUCUCGAAUAUUCUAUUGAAGGUAGAAAAGUAUUUAUUGCGAUGAUAAGAAAAUUCCCAAUCCAACAAAACAUGCUAUACGAUAAGACCUCACGAAAUUUUUAUCUGAAAACAGAGCACGUCUUCAAUCAAAUCAGUGAUCGCCAGCACGGUUUUAUAAGGUCUGCAGCUAAACACUUUUAAAUAAGAAUGAAAUGUACAAAUAUUGUUACAUCACACGAUUUCAUAAGCUCUGUAAAAUUAGUUUCACUUCUGCACGACGAUAGAUCCAUAAAAAAGAACGAAUUUUACUUUAGCAAAUAUUUUUUCUUUUUCCCAUUGUUUCAAAAUUGUUUCUCGGAUUCAUCUAAUUAUGAAUGAAACGUAACAAAAUGUGUCAAGCAAAAUUUUUCAAUUCGGUGCGGUUCUGUAGGCAUAAGUGUUUUCCAUGUACAUAAUAACUGUAACAAUAAUGAUGAACAUUAAAAUAAACAUUGUUUUCAAAAGAUCA